CCCAAAGGAGCUGAGAGCUUUAGGUCCCGCGUCCCGAACGUCACGUUGUCCUCCUUUUCGGUUUCGGCCCGCGCCUUCCCCGCGACCCGGCCUCAGGCCACGCGUGUCUGGCCACCAGCCCCGCGCGGAGGACAAGCCGGGUAACCAGGAAGAAAGCACGUGCUCGAGCGUUGUAGCCCCCGAGAGCGCGCCAGUCAUCCCCGCGCCGCGCCCAGGUCCUGCGGGGGCACCUCUCGCGCGGCGUGCAGUGCGCGCAAGGCCGGGGCGCGGCGGGCUUCAGGGCCCUUGGCGCCCCCAGCGACCUGGGCGUCCGAGGCAGGCUCCCGGCGCUGGCUGGCGUUGCUCUUGGCCGUCUCCUGUGCAGAACUCGACUUCCCGGCUUUGCCCCUGGCCUGAGGAGGAGGAGACUCGGCGGCAUGUCACCCGCGCUGCCGGAGCUGACGCCUUCCGCAGGUGUGAAAAAAAACGUGCAGGAUGAGAUCGAAGCCAUUCUGCGGGAGCGGAUUAUGGUGCUGGAUGGAGGGAUGGGCACCAUGAUCCAGCGGCAUAAGCUAAGUGAAGAAGCCUUCCGAGGUCAUGAAUUUCAAGAUCACGCCAGGCCACUGAAAGGCAACAAUGACAUUUUGAGUGUAACUCAACCCAAUAUCAUUUACCAAAUCCAUAAGGAUUACUUGCUGGCUGGAGCAGAUAUCAUUGAAACGAAUACUUUCAGCAGCACUAGUGUCGCCCAAGCUGACUAUGGCCUUGAACACUUGGCCUACCGGAUGAACAAGUGCUCUGCGACAGUGGCCCGGAAAGCGGCUGAAGAGGUCUCUCUCCAGACAGGAAUUAAGAGGUUUGUGGCAGGAGCUCUGGGUCCAACUAAUAAGACUCUUUCUGUGUCCCCAUCGGUGGAGAGACCAGAUUACAGGAACAUUACGUUCGAUGAGCUUGUUGAAGCAUACAAAGAGCAGGCACAAGGGCUCCUGGAUGGUGGGGUUGAUAUCUUACUUAUUGAAACUAUUUUUGAUACCGCCAAUGCCAAGGCGGCCUUGUUUGCACUCCAGCAACUUUUUGAAGAGGGGUAUCCCCCCCGGCCUAUCUUUAUUUCAGGGACAAUCAUUGAUAAAAGUGGGCGAACUCUUUCUGGACAGACGGGAGAGGCAUUUGUCAUCAGUGUGUCUCAUGCAGACCCACUCUGCAUUGGAUUAAACUGUGCUCUGGGUGCAGCUGAAAUGAGACCUUUUAUUGAAACAAUUGGAAAAUGUACAACAGCCUAUGUCCUCUGUUACCCCAAUGCAGGUCUUCCCAACACUUUCGGUGACUAUGAUGAAACUCCACACAUGAUGGCCACGCAGCUAAAGAGCUUUGCUGUGGACGGCCUGGUCAACGUCGUGGGUGGGUGCUGCGGGACGACCCCAGACCAUAUCAGGGAAAUUGCCAAAGCUGUGAAAAGCUGUAAGCCUAGAGUUCCACCUGUCACUGUUUUUGAAGAGCAUAUGUUACUCUCUGGUCUAGAGCCCUUCAGGAUUGGACCAUACACCAACUUUGUUAACAUUGGAGAGCGCUGUAACGUGGCAGGAUCCAGGAAGUUUGCUAAACUCAUCAUGGCAGGAAACUAUGAAUCUGCAGAGACCUGGCGCUUCCCCGAGGCCCAGGCAGCCUUGUGCUGGACUCACCCCACGUGUGGCAACGCUGCUGGCUUUUGUGGGACUGUGUCCUACGGCCCAGCUAGGAGCAAGUCCUUCAAGAAUAGGGAUUGGAAUGCAUGCUCUUUAUUCUUUACGGAAGCUCUGAGCAUUGCUAAAGUGCAGGUGGAAAUGGGAGCCCAGGUGCUGGAUAUCAACAUGGACGAUGGGAUGCUGGAUGGUACAAGUGCAAUGACCAGAUUUUGCAACUUUAUUGCUUCUGAGCCUGAUGUUGCCAAGGUGCCCUUGUGCAUUGACUCCUCCAAUUUUGCUGUGAUUGAAGCUGGGCUAAAAUGCUGCCAAGGGAAGUGCAUUGUCAACAGCAUCAGUCUGAAGGAGGGUGAGGGUGACUUCCUGGAGAAGGCUAGAAAGAUUAAGAAGUUUGGAGCUGCGGUGGUGGUCAUGGCGUUUGAUGAAGAAGGGCAGGCGACAGAAAUGGACGCCAAAAUCAGAGUGUGCGUCCGGGCCUACCAUCUCCUUGUGAAAAAACUGGGCUUUAAUCCAAAUGACAUCAUCUUUGACCCUAAUAUCCUCACCAUUGGUACUGGGAUGGAAGAACAUAACUUGUAUGCUGUUAAUUUUAUCCAUGCAACAAAAAUCAUUAAAGAAACAUUACCUGGAGCCAGAGUAAGUGGAGGCCUUUCCAACUUGUCCUUCUCCUUCCGUGGAAUGGAAGCCAUUCGAGAGGCAAUGCAUGGGGUGUUCCUUUACCAUGCGAUCAAGUUUGGUAUGGACAUGGGGAUAGUGAAUGCUGGAAACCUCCCUGUCUAUGAUGACAUCCAUAAGGAGCUUCUCCAGCUCUGUGAAGAUCUCAUCUGGAAUAAAGACCCCGAGGCCACUGAGAAGCUCUUACGCUAUGCACAGACUCAUGGCAAAGGAGGGAAGAAAGUCAUCCAGACUGACGAGUGGAGGAAUGGCCCCAUUGAAGAACGCCUCGAGUACGCCCUUGUGAAGGGUAUUGAAAAACACAUUAUUGAGGAUACUGAAGAAGCCAGGUUAAACCGGGAAAAAUAUCCCCGGCCUCUGAAUAUAAUUGAAGGGCCUCUCAUGAAUGGCAUGAAAGUUGUUGGUGACCUUUUUGGAGCUGGAAAAAUGUUUCUACCUCAGGUUAUAAAAUCAGCUCGAGUCAUGAAGAAGGCUGUUGGCCACCUUAUUCCUUUCAUGGAAAAAGAAAGAGAAGAAAAUAAACUGCAUGCUGGCACAGAAGAGGAAGAGGACCCCUACCAGGGCACCAUCGUGUUGGCCACUGUGAAGGGGGAUGUGCACGACAUAGGCAAGAACAUAGUUGCCGUCGUCCUUGGCUGCAAUAAUUUCAGAGUUAUUGAUUUAGGGGUCAUGACUCCCUGCGACAAGAUACUGAAAGCAGCUCUUGACCACAAAGCAGAUAUAAUUGGUCUGUCAGGACUCAUCACUCCUUCCCUGGAUGAAAUGAUUUUUGUUGCCAAGGAAAUGGAGAGGUUGGCUAUAAAGAUUCCAUUGUUGAUUGGAGGAGCGACCACAUCGAGGACCCACACGGCAGUUAAAAUAGCUCCCAGAUACAGUGCGCCUGUAAUACAUGUCCUGGACGCGUCCAAGAGUGUGGUGGUGUGCUCUCAGCUAUUAGAUGAGAAUCUAAAGGAUGAAUAUUUUGAGGAGAUCUUAGAAGAAUAUGAAGAUAUCAGACAGGACCAUUAUGAGUCUCUCAAGGAGAGAAGAUACUUGACCUUAAGUCAAGCUAGAAACAACGGUUUCCAUCUGGACUGGCUGUCAGAGCCUCCUCCAGUGAAGCCCACGUUUCUGGGGACUCGGGUCUUUGAAGACUAUGACCUGCAGAAGCUGGUGGCCUACAUAGACUGGAAGCCUUUCUUUGAUGUCUGGCAGCUCCGUGGCAAGUACCCGAAUCGGAACUUUCCCAAGAUAUUUAAGGACAAAACUGUAGGUGAAGAGGCCAAAAAAGUCUAUGAUGAUGCCCAAAGGAUGCUGACAGCACUGAUUGGUCAAAGGAAGCUCCGAGCCAGGGGCGUGGUUGGGUUCUGGCCUGCGCAGAGCGUGGAAGACGACAUCCACCUGUACGCGGAGUGCGAGGUGCCCCAGGCCGCAGAGCCCAUUGCCACCUUCCACGGGCUCCGGCAGCAGGCCGAGAAGGACGCCGCCAGCGUGGACCCCUACUACUGCCUCUCGGACUUCAUCGCACCCCUGCACUCAGGCGUCCGAGACUACCUGGGCCUGUUUGCCGUUGCCUGCUUUGGGGUAGAGGAGCUGAGCGGGGCCUACGAGCAGGAGUGCGACGACUACAGCAGCAUCAUGGUCAAGGCUCUGGGAGACCGGCUGGCUGAGGCCUUUGCGGAGGAGCUCCACGAGAGGGUCCGAAGGGAGCUGUGGGCGUAUGGCAGCCGCGAGCAGCUGGACACUGCUGACCUGCGCAGGCUGCGCUAUGAGGGCAUCCGCCCGGCUCCCGGCUACCCCAGCCAGCCCGACCACACCGAGAAGCUCACCAUGUGGAGGCUGGCCGACGUGGAGCGCUGCACAGGCAUUAGGUUAACAGAAUCAUUAGCAAUGACACCUGCUUCGGCGGUAUCUGGCCUCUACUUCUCCAAUUCCAAGUCCAAAUAUUUCUCAGUGGGGAAGAUUUCCAAGGAUCAGAUUGAGGAUUAUGCUUUGAGGAAGAACAUGUCUGUGGCCGAGGUUGAGAAAUGGCUGGGACCCAUCCUGGGAUACGAUACAGAGUAACUUUUACUUACAAAUCCUUCUCUGCACUUGAUGCUCCUCUAGGAAAUACAGUCUAGGGUGCCUUUAACCACAGCAGCAGCAGCAGCAGACAAGCAGGUCUCCAGCCCAUGACAUCUGUCUGCCUCGGUGUUCAGAAGACUGACUGGUGGGACCUCGUGGGGUGCGGGGCCUUCCUGUGUCCUUGGAAAACCAGCGGCUCUUUUCCAGGGGACCUUGACUGAAGAGCAGUGAGCGGAUCUGCUGUGGGUGGUGUCCUGGUCCCUCAGGGAUAGGAAUAAGCUGGAGAUACAGGACUUUAGCAUUUCAAAGCAGGGCAGUUUGCUUUUUUUCAUUUUUACCUUGGGUCUAGGAGGCCUCUUAUUAUUAUUUUUUCCCUUUUUCUUGCUUUCUUAGAUAAGAGCCUGAAACUUAGCUGAAUUGAGAAAUGUAUGAAAAAUGUGACCCCUUGGCAAAAUCACACUGUGCCACUACAUUUUAAUGUAGAAGGUGGCAGUGGUAAACUGACAGGGGACGUGUAUGA